UAAGAUAAUAAAGGCGGUGCAUUGCUGACAAAAAAGUACCGUAUUUUUCGCUCCAUAAGACGCACCUGACCAUAAGAUGCACCUAGGUUUUAGAGGAGGAAAACAACAAAAAAAAAUUCUGAACCAUUGGACUGCAGACAUAGUACAGGAGAUGACCAGAGACUGCGGACACAGUACAGGAGAUGACCAGAGACUGCGGACAUAGUACAGGAGAUGACCAGAGACUGCAGACACAGUACAGGAGAUGACCAGAGACUGCGGACAUAGUACAGGAGAUGACCAGAGACUGCGGACAUAGUACAGGAGAUGACCAGAGACUGCG